GGCACCGUUACCAUGGUAAUGGGUAGCCUGGAGCUAGCGAGGCCAGCUGACUAAGUAGGGCUGGGACUGCGCACCGGACAACAGAAUGGGCUGAGGUGGUGGCGGCUGCCCAGACGAGGUCGUCUGCCGGCGAGGCUCGCGAGACUGGUCUGGGACCUUAACACAUCUGGUUUGAGGAGCGGGCGGUACCGAGGUUUUCUUGGGUCUCGGGGUCUGAUCUAUGGGCGACUGCAGUAUUGCGGGAACCUCGUAUUUGACACGAGCAUGACAGGAAGUGGGAAGAACAAUCCUCGCCCCAAUGACGGAAGUUGGCAGAAGAAGCCGGGCUUAAGAAUGGAGAUGUAUGAAACCCUUGGAAAAGUGGGAGAGGGAAGUUAUGGAACAGUUAUGAAGUGUAAACAUAAGGAUACCGGGCAGAUAGUGGCCAUUAAGAUAUUUUAUGAGAAACCAGAAAAAUCUGUCAACAAAAUUGCAAUGAGAGAAAUAAAGUUUCUAAAGCAAUUCCAUCACGAAAAUUUGGUCAACCUGAUUGAAGUGUUUAGACAGAAAAAGAAAAUUCAUUUGGUAUUUGAAUUUAUUGACCACACAAUAUUAGAUGAGUUACAACAUUAUUGUCAUGGACUAGAGAGUAAACGACUUAAAAAAUACCUCUUCCAGAUCAUUCGAGCAAUUGAGUAUCUUCACAAUAAUAAUAUCAUUCAUCGGGAUAUAAAACCUGAGAAUAUUUUAGUAUCCCAGUCAGGAAUUACUAAACUCUGUGAUUUUGGAUUUGCACGAACUCUAGCAGCUCCUGGGGACAUUUAUACAGACUAUGUGGCCACACGCUGGUAUAGAGCUCCAGAAUUAGUAUUAAAAGAUACCUGUUACGGAAAGCCUGUGGAUAUCUGGGCUUUGGGCUGUAUGAUCAUCGAGAUGGCCACUGGAAAUCCCUUUCUUCCUAGCAGCUCCGAUUUGGACUUACUUCAUAAAAUUGUUCUAAAAGUAGGCAAUUUGACACCUCAUUUGCAGAAUAUCUUUUCCAAGAGUCCAGUUUUUGCUGGAGUGAUCCUUCCACAAGUUCAACACCCCAAAAAUGCAAGAAAAAAGUACCCAAAGCUAAAUGGAUUUUUGGCAGAUAUUGUUCAUGCUUGUUUACAAAUUGAUCCUGCUGAGAGAAUAUCAUGUACUGAUCUUUUGCAUCAUGAGUAUUUUACUAGAGAUGGAUUUACUGAAAAAUUCAUACAGGAACUAAGAGCUAAAUUACUACAAGAAGCAAAAGUCAAUUCACUCAUAAAGUCAAAAGAGAAUUCUAAAGAAAAUGAAUUUAUGAAAGAUGAAAGAAAAACAAUUUAUACUAAUACACUGCUAAAUACUUCACUUUUGGGAAAGGAAAUGGAAAAAGAGAAAAAACCCAAGGAAAUGAGAGCCAGAGUUACCAAAGUCAAAGGAGGAAAUACCUUAGAACCAAAAAAGACAGAGUAUGAAAGUGGACAUUGUCAACAAGAUGCGACUAAAACUGUUCAUACUAUGUCUCAAGAUACGAAACUCGUAAUCAAUGAGCCAGCAGACCCUGCCACGCCCAGCACUAACUCGAAUGGCAUGAAGGACAGUCCACAUGCUGGAGGUGGUAUGAUGAUGCCACCUAUUAACCUGACUGGCAAUAAUUUGAUGGCUUCCAAUCACAAUGCAAACCUCUCCCACUCCAAUUCAAGGUCAACUGAAAGAGCAAAAAAGAGACGUACUUCACAAUCUAUUGGACAAGUUAUGGCUAAUAGCAGGCAAGAGGAUACAGGUCCCACUCAAAGCCAGAUGGAGACGGCUAUAUUUAAUGAGCAUACAGGUCAAAACGACCAAAUUGCAAAUGGAAACAAAAGGAAGCUGAAUUUUCCCAGACCUGACAGGAAAGAAUUCCACUUCCCAGAACUGCCCUUCAUAAUACAAUCAAAAGAGAUAAAAAGAAUGGAAGUUAAACAGAUAAAAGUGCCGAAGAGGGAAUCAAAGAAAACAGAUUCAUCUAAAAUACCAACUUUACUUAAUAUGGAUCAAAAUCAAGAAAAACAAGAGAAUACAGGAAAUGCACAAACUGAAAGGAAGAAGAACCCGACAGAUGUAGAGUAGAAAAUGCAGCAGCUGAAAAUUCAGGGAAUCCCAGAAUCACUGGUGGAGAUGGCCAUUGUGAAGGGCAGAAUUUGAAGAGGAACGUGUUUUUUUUGUGGUAGUGUCUUUGAAAUCUUAAACUACAAAUUGGCAUGUCUUCCUUUUUGAUUUUAUAUGCAAUAGGAACGUAACGGGCUGUUAAGAUGGUCAUUCAUCUGCAUUAGCUCCAUCCAACUUCAUUUUGUUAGCAAACUGUUCACUGUUUUCUCCUUUUGUCUAAGGAUUCUGUUGAUGUGAUGCUAUGAUUUGGAAUUAAAGUCAUCUCCUGUC